AUGGCUACAUGCUUGGUCAACCAUCCCUACCUUGCUCGUCUUUACCAAUUAAGACUUUCUUUUGGUAAUACUAAUAACGGUAGUAGUACCACCGCUUUGGAAAUCAGUGAUGUCCCAAAUCUCCGUGUGUUUAGCUGCGAUCUACAUUUUGCAUUCAAAUUCCAUUCAAUAUCAUUAGGAAGCAGCGUGACACAGUUAAUGUUUGGUGGCGUUGUCAAAUCGGGGUUUCCUUUUCUCGAGAGUUUGACCAUUGAUGAUAUGAAAUCUUGGAUGUUGAAAAGCUUCCAUUACACAUCUGCUUCGAUCAAGAGAUUGACCUUGCAGUUGUGCCCAUGCAGGCUGAUGGACAUACAAGUACAUGCUCCAAAAUUAAUCUUUUUCCGGUUUGAUGGCAGUGCUUUGCCUAAGCUCUGCAUUCAGGUCUCCUCUACUCUCGAGCAAAUCAAUAUUUCACUCAGACUCCACCUUGCUGUCGAUGCUUAUUUUUUUCUUAAGAUGAGAGAAGCACUUGCGUUAUCACACGAGGCUGAAAUUCGUAUAACAACUUUCAACUCUAAGCCGCUGUUAGACAUCGACAUGGAUGAGCUAAGAACAAGGCUCCUGUCUCCUCCUGCUACAAAUGUGCAAAAACUGUCGUUUGAAACGUGGAAGGAUGAAUGCCUGUGGGAACGAUCCCCAUUUUUUGAUGCAAUCUUGGAGAUUUGCCAUCCCAAGCUCGUAUUUGCACAGCCAGACAUGCAAUUCAGCCGUAGCAAUCACUUUUGCAGGCUAAUGCUGAGGGAGGUCUUGGAGAAGAAGACGACCACAACCCCACUGUAUUGGCCUCAUUACCUGAAACAUGUUCAAAUAAGAGAAUCUCCUUAUCAAACAUGGAAAACCCUAACGAAUUCCCACAGAAGCUUUCUAGAUGGCUCGGCUUCCGAUGUCUACAUGCAUUUCAAACUCAUAUGGUGUAACGAUCAUCUCUGA